AUGACAUCGCGGUACCGGGUUGAGUAUGCUCUCAAGACUCACCGGCGAGAUCAGCUCAUAGAAUGGAUCAAAGGCCUGCUCGCCGUUCCGUUCGUCCUGUAUUCGCAGCCCCAAGGCGUCUUUGACGGACAGGGUAUCGCUAGCAACACCCUACUGCAGACUCGUGAGGAGGCGCAUCGACGAUACAGUGAAAUUCUACGCGAUGUCGAAAUCAUGGUGGACGACCACAUUAUGCACCAGAACGAUGCCGAGAACCCCUUUCCCUCAAAACUCAAGCUCCUGGUGCCGAGCAUCGGCCAAUUCUUCACGCGCCUUCCUCUGGAAGCCGCCUUCAAGCUACAGGACCGAAAACGUUACAUCUCGUCGCGUCGCUUCGUGUCACCCUCUUUCAACGAUGUCCGGCUUAUUCUCAACUCCGCCCAGAUCAUGGCCGUAACGACAUAUGGAACCCUGCAGCUUGCUACUUUUGACGGAGAUGUGACCCUCUACGAUGACGGCCAGAGCCUGGAGGACAACAGUCCCGUUAUUCCUAGGUUAAUCGACUUGCUUCGAAAAAAUGUCAAGGUUGGCAUCGUUACAGCUGCUGGUUAUACCACGGCGGAGCGGUAUUACGCCCGGCUACAUGGGUUGCUGGAUGCCAUGGCCAACUCGGCGGAGCUGACGCCGGCUCAAAAGCAGAGUCUGGUAGUGAUGGGCGGAGAGGCAAACUAUUUAUUUGAGUUCUCCGCCACGUCGCCGCACCUCCUGGCACCAGUACCUCGAGAGCAGUGGUUGACGCCAGAGAUGGCUUCGUGGGACGACCGCGAUAUCACAGAGCUUCUCGAUGUUGCCGAGGUAGCCCUUCAGAAUAGCAUCAAGUCGCUGAAUCUGCCCGCCACUUUGAUGCGCAAGGACCGCGCCGUCGGUAUCAUCCCGCUAUCACCCGAUAUCCGAAUCCCGCGCGAGAGCCUCGAGGAGACGGUUCUAGUGGUCCAAAAGAUCCUUGAGCUCAGCACGGCCGGCCGCGGCCGCCGCGUACCAUUCUGCGCCUUUAAUGGCGGGCGAGAUGUCUUUGUCGAUAUCGGCGACAAGAGUUGGGGUGUUACGGUUCUGCAGCGUUGGUUUGGUGCCGGUCUGCCGGACGGCAUCAUCAAGGGUGAAAACACUCUGCAUGUAGGCGACCAGUUUUUGAGUGCUGGCGCUAACGACUUCCGUGCCCGAAGUGUGGGCACUACGUCGUGGAUCGCAAGUCCCGCAGAGACAGUUGAGCUUCUAGAUGAGCUGGCCGAACUGAUGGGCAAGAAGAUGUCUUGA